ACACCAGCCAGGGGGAGUGGUCUCGAGAACCCGGUUUGCACCAGUUAUUCGGUACCCAAGGUCGGUAUUUCCGUAAGCCGCGAGGUCGAGACCAAAAGCAAACAGUUCGUACCCGGCAGACAACGCGCUAAACCAAACCACACAAUGUCGGACAUUUGUGAUUUCGAGUGGUCCAACAAUCGGUACCGUCACAAUCUGACCAUAUCGGAGCUUAAGCUGGGCUUCAACCGGAACGAACCGACCGAUCGCAGUCGGGCGUUGAUCGCGCUGAAGGAACUAAUCGGUGCCAGCCGAGAUUAUGCGUUGAAGGAUAAGUCCUGCUUUCAGGACGAUGAGUUCCUGUUUCGGUUUCUGUACGCACGCAAAUUCAACGUCAACGAAGCGUUCCAGCUGAUCAUAAACUAUCACGCGUACCGGCAGCGAAACGCGGCCAUCCUGCAGCGUUUGUCGGUGCUGGACGAGACGAUACAGAUUGCGCUACGGGAUGGAUUUCCCGGUGUGCUAACGAACCGGGAUCGGCGCGGUCGUAAGGUGCUGGUGUUCUUUACCGCCAACUGGGACUAUGCGUCCUACUCCCUAGUCACUGUGUACCGGGCAAUGCUGCUCACGAUCGAGAAGCUGCUGGAGGAUAAGCAGAACCAGGCGAACGGAUUCAUCGCAAUCGUCGACUGGACCAACUUCACGUUCCGUCAGUCUUCGAACUUGAACCCGAAGGUGUUGAAGCUGAUGAUCGAGGGACUACAGGACUGCUUCCCGGUACGAUUUAAGGCGAUCCACUUUAUCGGCCAACCGUGGUACGUCGAAGCGGCACUGGCCGUGAUUCGACCGUUCCUGAAAGAGAAGACCCGCGAUAGGAUAAAACUGCACGGUAGUAAUCUGUCCACCCUGCAUGACUGCGUCGCCCGUGACAUCCUUCCAACCGAGCUCGGCGGUGAAGGGCCCACGUUUAAUCCGCUCAACUGGUACCACGAGCUGCUCGAAUCGAGCCAAACCGUCACGAAACCGGCACCUUCGUACUGUCUCAGCCAGACGCAGAUCUACACCAAAACGCCGGCCCAGUUCGUACCAACGGUCGGCGGCCAUCGGAAAGGGGCCGACCUGUCACCGACGCAAUCGCCCUCGCCAUCACCACCCUCCUCGCUAUCGUCCACGAACGGGGCCGAAUUUCUGAAGGCGGCCACCAAGGCAGCCGCCGUCAAGAUCGGUGUCCUGACGGCCAAAGCGAACGAUCCGGCCACCAACACGCUGCUCGGUGUGACGACCGGUGCCGGCGGUGGUGAUUUGUGACGCACGACACCUUGCAACGUGGUAACACUGGAUGUGCAUCCCGCUAAAGACUGGAUCGUUUCGGUGGCCGAUGGUGGCCAGCACUGCACUAUGAUGAUCUCAUACCAGGUACAGAAACGUUCGUGGUGGUAACGACUGCCGAACGGCGGGCUAGCGUUAAGGCAGGUGAUAAUGGGUCGGCAGAUGUACUGACAGAUGUUGUGGCUAGGAAGCGGCAAAGAGAACUCCUACAAAUUAUCUCUUCCAUGUGGAAAAAAUGCCGUUCACAGCAAGCUGAUACAUCCUCAAACAAAGAGAAAGAAACACAUAACAUCAAAAGUUGUCUAUAAUUCCAACAGA